AUGGUUAAGCUUAAACUGCCGAGAGCCCCAGCCGUGACGUCAGGCUCUGCGCCGCUAGCCGCUUCUAGAAUAGCCGCAGAACUUCCCGGAGAAAGUCAAUACCCGUCAAUCAAGUGUGCCGGUCAUGACGUCCAGACUCUUGCUGCCAGAUCACACGGGACUGCUCGGGUUCACGCCCAACAACUCGACCAUGUGGAAAGCACUUAA